AGUAUUAAGAAGCUUUUAAACUACGGUGCACUUUUUGCUGUUGCGGAAGUCUUUCUCUUGACAGCCAUCUUGUGCAGUCAGCACUGAUCGAAACGGUGGACUUAGAUUCCACAGACAUUCAUCGUAGCGGAGCAACCAAGAAGGAAUUUGAACGCUACGUUCAUUUUCGUGUUUGAUAAAAGACCCGUUUUGGUGGUGCACUUUGCUUCUGUGCUUUGCAGAAGUGAUGGUGAUGUUUGUGGCAGCUAGUGUAUGUUGAAGAUGUCCACUAGAAGUAAACGAAAGACUGGAUCAGAAAGUACCAGGAUGUCAUUUCAAACAGGGUUUAGCAGUGGCCGUGUUGUCCCAAGCAUUGGUAUGACAUCUAAGGAGCUGUGUGUCUAUGAUGACCUUUGCACUGGUCUUAUCCUUGACCCAUACCUUGGCUUUACUACACACAAGAUGAACACAAAUUUCCGACCAUUGCGUGGCAGUACAGAGCUGAAGCAUAUCGUUGAAAAUUUCAAGCACAUUCAAGACUAUGAGAGAACCUUUCAGUGCUUAUUACAGGUGGAUGUGCCACGUAUCUGCUGUCUAAACAAGACAAAGCACCAGCAGACCAUUCUGCGGCAGCAUGUAUACCGGUAUCUACGGAUGUUUGAUUUGAAUGCUGGCUAUGAAAUUUUGCCUUGCCAUCGUUACUCACUGGAGGGUAAAUUAGGUGGAAAGAUAUGUGCCACCCACUUCUGGAAAAAGAACUCUAAGAUAGAGCUACUGGUGGGCUGCAUUGCAGAGCUGACUCCAGAAGAGGAAAGUCAGCUGCUGAAACCAGGUGAAAAUGAUUUCAGUGUUAUGUACUCCACACGCAAGAACAUGGCCCCUUGGCUUGGUCCAGCAUCUUUCAUCAACCAUGACUGUCGUCCAAACUGUACGUUUGUGUCAACUGGUCGUGACACAGCUUGUGUAAAAGUAAAGCGAGACAUUGAGCCUGGUGAAGAGAUCACAUGUUUUUAUGGCGAGGAUUUCUUUGGUGAUGGCAACUGCAACUGUGAAUGCAUCACCUGUGAAAGAAGGCAAGCUGGUGCCUAUAGGCCACAGAAGUCUGUUACAGUGGAGGAGGACAAAGGGUAUUGUUUUCGUGACACAGAUGACCGUCUUAGUCGACUCAAAACGCAACCUAAAGAAAAACAACCAAAGUUUAAUGGAGUUACAAGGAGUGCAACAGAAUCUUGGGAUUGCAGAGCACGCAAUAUAAUGUCACAGGCCCAUCUGCUGACAGCAGCAGAACUGAAGCGUCGUGGUAUAACACGUUAUGAUGCAGAAAUUAUCCUUGAACAAGGCUUGAGCUUACCUAGUCCCAGACUUGUUUUAGACUAUCGAAUGCCUCAUCCUGCUGAAGGCUGCAUAGGUCCCAUAUCCACGGCUAAUAGUGUACCAGAGAGCUAUGUUUCCAGUACAGAAAAGUGUACUAUAGACAAAAGUGAUACCUCCGAUGACCAACCUCAGAAUAAAAAUGGUGCAUGCUCUAAGAUUUCACCAUGUGUACAACGGACACAUCGACAACGAGUCCUGAAUACAAAGAACCAUCAAAGUUUGCUAACCUCUUGUUGCAAAUUGGAAGAAACUCACUGUGACAAUAAAGAGCUCCAUGUUCAGGAUGAAAAAAUGCUUGAUUUCAAAUGCCGAGGGGAAGUUACUACGGUACCAGUCGUUGCUGAGGAAAACCCCAUGAUUAAGCCCAUGAUUCCUAGUCUUUUGGUGGCUGAGGGUCAUCAGCCUGUGCUAACAUCAGACCAGUACUUUAGUCAGCAUGCAAAUGGAAAGCUACACAAGUUCCCUACCAAAAUAAAAAAUGAAAGAAUUCCCAUCAGACAGAGCCCUCGUCUUCGCCAGCCUUCUGGAUUAGAGGUAUCAAAAUCGUGUGUAGACAAUGCAUUGGACUCUAACCAUAAUUUUCAUGAGCCACCAGUAUUGGAGCCUGAAGCGCCCAUUUUGUCACCAGCUGAAGGUGGGUAUGAAGAUACUGCUGUCAGUGAAGUGAGUGUGACAUGCAAGCUGGAACAAUCCCCACUUUAUUCCUCCCAUGAAGUGCCACAGUUGUCUUUUUGUGGUAACAUGUCCUCUGUAAAUAAUUUGACAACAAGCACUGUUGAGACUGAGUUUAAGCGAAAGGGAUCUUCUGAUGCAUGCUCUCCUACACCCAAGUUUCCAAGAAUGGUUUUACGAAUGCCAAGGGACCCUAUAUUAGAGGAGAAGCUGUCACAGUGUAGGUCAUCAGCUAUUAUAUUUAAGUGGAAGCAACCCAAGAAGCUGCGGCUGAGGUUUGAUGGGAAUUCUGUAGAGAGAUACCUUCCACAUGACACCAACUAUCCUUCCUAACCAAGGUACAAAACUAGCCAUACUGCCUUAUAGUUUUCACUGCUAGACUGUUUGAAAUGGCAAAUAACCUUUGGAUUAUUAGUGAGGCAGCUUCUGUUCCAAAGGGAAUUUCAAGAUCUUUAAGGCGUGGUAUUUAAACUUUUCGCCUGUGAUAACAGCAAGAUUUUGAAAAAGAAAUACUUGUGAACAUAUAUGCUAUGCUCACUAUGUUGGGACAUUGUCGUGGUUUCCAUUCUGUGAUCAGAUUCUCUAGGGAAGUCAGCUUACACUCAGGUGAUAUUUAAGAGACUGGUUACGUGGUUUUUUUUUUUUUUUUUUUUUUUUUGGUUAACUGCACCUUUGAGAUACUAGUUCAGGUGUGUGUAGCAUGAGAAAGGAAAGGAGUUUAUCUCUGUGUGUCUUUGUAUGUUCAGUGUAUAAAAUUUACAUUUUUUGAAAGAAUGCUCGAGUGAAUGCAAAAGAUACUGAGGCCAAAGAGAGAAACAGAAUAGGGUUGUUUUUUUUUAAAUCUGGUAACCAAACUGCAGCUUGGUGCAUUGAGAGGAAUGCACUCCAAAAGUUUUAGCAUCCCCCAAGCAGGAUACAAGGAUGGGAUGUAGAUAUAUUAAAUAAUGUAAGGAGAGGGUGUCAGUUCAUUUGUGUCCUUAGUUCACAUUAAAAUGGAAUCUAUGGUUGAUUUAGUGAAACAAGACCAUGUUGCAUAAAUGAUCAUAACAUAAUUGGAUUAGAGCAGGGGUGGGCAAUUAAUUUUCCAAGGGGCAGCAUGAGAAAUUGGGAUGGUUUUAGAGGGCCGGACUAAUAUAGUUAACUCAGUUUUACCCAAUACUGUAUGCAUAGCAUAUAUACUGGCGGCAGGCUGGCCGGUCAGAGACAGGAGGCGGGCCGGCCUUUGCCCAGGUCUGGAUUAGAGGGAGCUAUGUCUGGCACCUUAGAUACCCAACACAUCUAUCAAUUAGCAAUAUAAGCAUAACAUAAAAUAACAAUGAACAAAUAAUAAACUACCAAAUAAAGUUUAGGUUAUUCACCCUAAGUAAAUUUGUCUGUCACAUUUUAGGAUUCAUGAUAAAAACUUAUUUAACAUGACAUACCAUAGAUGAAAUGCAUGGCCUGACCAAGACAGUUAUAAUUGAAUUUUUCUCAGUUUAGAGGCUUAAUGUACUGUGCUCAGGACUUCAAAUGAAUGAUUGAUGAGCAGAAUAGUUUGCUGGUUACAUACUUUUUUUAAUGGGUUCUGGUUAACUGCACAUCAUGUUCCCACUUCCGACUGCACACAGACUGGCACCUAAAAUAUUCCCUUGACAUUCAAAAUGCCCUCUACAAGUACAUUGACAAUACAUAUGUAGUUCCACUCUGCUCCAAAUUUUACUUUUUUGCAAGUAUCAUAGUGAAAGCUCGAACAGAGUUUUUUAAAAAUCAUUUGCUAUAAUAGUGAUUCAGAUAUCAGGAGUCUGAAUAACAAGGUUUGACUGAAUUCUGAAUAAAUGCAUAGGUUACAAUGACUGUCAGAAUGUUCAAAUCAUCCAUUAACUUCCCUAAAAUAUAUCAGAAAGUUUUUUAAAAAGUAGUUUAUUUGGUAAUGGUGGCCAAUGUGCCAAGUAGCUUUAUAGACACUAAAGAAAAUAGCUAUUGCUUUGGGGUUUUUUUUUGUCCUUUCACAUAAGAAUAUUGUUAAACACGAUCCAAAUAUAAGCCCCUCACAUGCCACAUCCAUUUUUAAUGAAUCGGCAUAAAAAUGUAGUUAUGCACUCUCAAACACGAAUACUGUAACAGGUUAUUCUUGAAAUGGAAAUAAGAGUGAUCUGAAAUUUGCUGUAAAAGUGAAAGCAAAUAUAAAAAUAGAAGGCUGGGAAAAAAUGAUCAGGGCUGGGUAUUGAAAGGCAGCUGUCACUGCUUUUGGUAUGGGUUUAUAGUAUCUAAGGAGGAUCAUUUACUUUUUUUGUUGAUUGUAGUUUCAAUCUGUUUAGAGCCUUCCACUUCAAGAGGCAGCUACAUGGUAUGUUUUUACAAGUCAAAUGACCAUUAAGAUACUGAUGCAGCAUACUAGCAAUUUGCAAUCCCAUCUCUCUGUUUUGCCAUAUGUGAGGUUCUUCUUAACCACUUUUAAUUUGUUGCCAUUUUACAUGCUAUUAGUUCAAAAGCAUUUUGCUCGAUGUUAUGUAAAAUCUGAUUUUAUCAAAAGUGAAUAUUAAGUGGGUGGUUCGUAAAAUACAAAGUGCUUUAAGAACUAUUAUCCUUAUUACAACUUUCUAAAUUUUUGAGUGGUCUCUCAAAAGGUAGGAAAAGAACAUUCAACACUACAUGUAUUACAAUAGAUGCCAAACAAAGCUGCAUCUUUGCUUUGAUAUUUUCAGCAGAAAAUACACUUUAAGAGCCAUUGUUGCUUGUAUCCUGCAUACAAGCAUAAGUGGAGUCACCUGUUACUUUGUGGGGACAGCACAAUGGUCUCUUCGGACAAUACAUCAAGAGUUAUUCUUUGGUGCUUUCCCAGUUUCCUGUUUGUGCAUCUGACAGAACUAAAAUGUAUCUCCUGCUAUUUAGGUGAUUAACUUAUAUUUUAUUUUGCAUAUUAUGCUGUCAUUUUCAUCAUGAAAAUUCAAUGUGUGGGUGUUGAUGUGAGCACUUUUGAGUGUUAGGAGCAUGGAUGAUAGUGACUGAAGACUAUCUUUUAUAUACUGAUGUCCAAAAUAAACAGCAGUUUCUGGGAUUGUACUCUUUCCCCUACUUGGAAAACAGCCACAUCUAUUUCUGGUAUCGUUUAGCAAUGUAAGCCACUUUAGAGACUGCAUAUAACAAAUUAAAUUAAAAAUCACAUUUGCCUGCAUGGAGGCAGGACUACAAAUCAACUGACCAAACAUAAACACAAGUGUCAAUAAAUGGAUGACACCAUGGCAAAAAUAAAUGUGCAUAAGGUGUAAGAAUGAGAACCGAACAGUGAGCCAAAGUGUGGCUAUGAAAAAUAUUUUCUGAAGAGGAAAGUUUUCAACAGUCCAAAAUAGAAAUGGGCAGAGAAUUAAAAAUGGGAGAGUCGGCUGAAUUUCUCUGACUUGUAACACAGACAGGAGGGGCAACACCAGACUGUGGCAAGGUGUCAGGAGAUAGGUAUGCUAAGACCAAAUGAUGAGCAUGGCAAAUAUGUAAAUUCAUGCAAGCUUGCACUAGCAGCCAGUAGAGUGUAGCAUGGUCUGCUUUUCACUUGGAUAACCUUUUCAGAAAUUUGUCUAGUUGGUGAUCUAGUGAGAUCAACAAGUAUAAGUUAUUCAACUAUGAUGGCCCAAAAGCAGAAUGGAGAUUCUCAGUGGAGGAAGACAUCUGCAGAUUGCAUUGUGAUAUUCCUGAACAUGCAUCAGUUAAAGAUAAUAAGUUAAUACCAGAAAAGAAUGCCACAGAGUAUAUUUUCCAGAGGCUGUUGAUUUAAUUCUUUGAAGGACAUCCAGAUAGAUCUAAGCAAGGCUAGAUGUUAUGCAUUAUCAGCAUACAUGCAAGUUCGUGGUAGAUGGCAUGACCAAGUGCUUGGAUGUACACUGAAUUAAAGGCCCAAGAACAGAGCCUCAGGUGAAGAUGUGGAGCCUUUGCCAGACUGAAUGUGGUCAGUGUAAACUAUAGUUAAAGUUCCUGAACACGGCCUGCAGUUGUUUGGGCACAAGAAGUCUGGAGUAAACAAAACUUCUCUGCAAUAGCUAUCUCAAUAUUAAAAAGUUACAUUUGGUUACCCAACAGGGUUUUCAGCUAUCCUGGCUUGGGAGAACUUCAUAAAAAAAAAAAAAAAA